AAGGAAAAUGAUGAAAAUGUUACCUUUUUUCCAAAGUGGUCCUAUUGGAAUACGCAAUGGAUCAGAGGGUUGCAUUGGUGCAAACAGGGAGCUUGAAAACGCUUCAACGUCAGUAGCUGAGCAAGUCCUUGUCCAUCCUGAACCUUCUGGAGAUGAGAUCUGGUCCAGGGACCAGGAGAAGAUGAGUGAAAGGCCAGAGGCAGCCUGUAGACCCUCACGUGCAUCUUCCAUCACGAGCAAUGGGAGCUGCACCUCUGCUGGGGACAGCCCUGAAAAGGGGAAGAAAGGAAUAAAGAACAUCCUUACAAGUGCAUUUAAGAAGAUGAAAAAGACUAAGCCACCCAGUGUCAAACAGGUCAUGGAUCUCCUUGAAGAGCAAAAGCUUUGCGACGCCGCUCAGCAUCUGAUUGUCCUGGAGAAGAGCCUCUCUAGCAAAAGUGAGGAGGGGCUGAACACCAGCCAGCAAGAUGUCGAGUCCCUCCACGAAGUUCUGAAGCACAAAGUCUUCAGUGUCUUGAAAGACUCCCUACUGCUAGCGAAAACAAACCCAGAACUGCUGCAGCAGGCAAUAGAGGCACUGAAAGAGCAGGAGAAAGAAGAUCAGAACUACGCGUCAGAGAAUCCACCUGACCAAAACAUGCAAUUUAGGCCUAGAAAAUGGAAAGAGCUUUGGAUGGCUACAGUAAAGGAGUCAGUAGAGACUCGAAUGAAAGACACGAGCCGUACUCCUAGAACUGAGAACCUCUCUACAGUUGGCCAGAACCUCCUGCACAUGGGGAAGACAAUGAAAGAAGAUUUGACAGUAGUUGUUAGGUACAUUAAACAGCUUUACCCUCCUGAGUUUAAUGUGUUCGGCACAUAUGCAGAACUCUACCACAAUUAUUUUGCCUCCCAGGCAAAGAAAAAUGCUGAGUCUCAUCUGGAAGACAAGGAUGUUUACCUUCUCCUCUCAUGGGUGCACAACAUUUAUCCAAAAGACAUGAGAAAAGAUCACGUUUUAGCAGAGGAGUUGGAAAAAGUUAAGCUUGGAAGCCUUUUGCCAUCAAGUCUGAGCAAAGAGCUUGAAAAGAAAUACCUUGACAGUGAAGAGGCUACUAUCAAAAAUUCACUGAGCAAAUGUUUAGAUAAAGAAAUCCAAAGAUGGAAAGAAGAUGAAGAACCAGAGAAACUAAACGGACAUUUCCAGAGUGAGCUACUGGCAAUAUUUGUUAUCCAGAGUGUGUACAGUGGCCAGAAGCGAGCCAAGGAGAUCAGCGUGGCAGUGGGCGAGGAGCUGUCGCAUCGCCUGUCGAAGGAGCUGCCUGCCUUCCUGAAAAGCUACAAGGAUGCUUUUGAAGACUUUAAGGAGAAAAGCAAGAAGCACAGAUACUACAAGCCUAUACUGAUUGCAAAUAUUAACAACUGCUGGAAUUUUAGAGACUACGCAGAGAAAAACAUGGCAGAAAUGGAUGAUGAUAAAGCCGCUAUCCUCAGCACUCUCGGUGACAUUGAAAACAGCGGCUUCGAGGUGCUGCUCCAGCAGCUCUUUGCCCAGCUGAAGCCAAUUUAUAAGAAGUUUACAGAAAAUAAGUGGGACUCCAGCAAUGAAAUUAUGAACGAGAUCAUUAAAACCACCAGCAAACAUAUUUCGGAUUUCCGGACCCUAAAGGACCCUUUCUACCAUGCUAUCGUCGACAAGGUCCAUGCCCGCUUGGUUAAAGAGUACAUCGUGAGGCUGCUGAAGAGGAAAGUCAGCCUGAAAACUCCAGCACAGCAGCAAAACCUGGCCCAGCACAUCUCCAAGAAUGCUGCUGACCUGGAAGCCUUCUGCACCAGCAAUGGGUCUCAAGCCACGUGGCUGAAUUCAGCGCUCCCCAAACUGGCGGAAAUAAUCCGACUUCAGGAUUUAGGUGCUAUUAAGAUUGAAGUUGCAACGCUCGCCACGACAUACCCAGAUAUCCGCAAAAGGCACCUGGAAGCGUUCCUGUACAUCAAAGCCAAUUUGUCACGUGGCGAACUCAAAAGCAUCCUGGGCUACUUGGCAGACAGCACAGCAUCCACGCCUCCUGGGGCCCCGCUCUUCUCCAACAUAAACGUGUCCUAAGCCAAGGCACCCCUUGGCACCCCUUUAUGCCAGACUGUGGGCUAAGCCGGGGUAGAGACCAUCCCCUGGAGCCAUGCACAGUGCACACUGCCACCUUCUCCUACAGAAAGUACUUUGUCCUAAUCUGGUGCUCGGCAUCUCUGUGGGAAUCACUGCCCUCCGUCCACAGCCGGGAAAAGGGGGCAGCCGUGGGAGGAGCAGCACUUGCAAGGACCAGGGCUGCUCCUCGCAGCAGUCACAGACUCCCUGCAAAGUCUCCUUGGCGCCACCACAUUCUCUGCCUGGAUGCUGCCCUGGGUGCUCUGACCUCUGUCUACCUCACAGGCUGCCGUGGAGGCCACGUUGCUGACUCCCCAGCUAGCCCGGACUGAGCAGGCACCUCCUGUGUAGCUUUCUGUCUUCUGUGGGAAUGGAGGGAAACAAAAACUGAAGCCAAAAUUUAGAGAUGUUGGAAAAGUCCCAUGUGAGCAUGCUUGCACCCUAUCUGCCUUCCACUGAGCCGUGCAGGGGCGGCUGCGUUAGGCUGAUGGGAGAGGCACCGAGCUGUUGCUCAGCCAUGCCGGGACUCCGGCUGUCCCCCUGCGCUGCAGCACCCCCGGAUCUGGGGCUUGGAGCGGCCCCGGCUGCACGCUCUGCUCCGUGCAGCAGCAUUGCCCAGGGGCUUCGGGGAUUCCAAACCAGCCCCAGAGACCCUCAGCUGGCCCCACAGCAGCGGUCCAGCUGGGGAAGCAUGUGCUUCCUUCACCUCCGUGAGGUGGGAGCCCCUGGCACCCCCGGCAGCCUCCAGCCCCCCUGCAGUGAGCCCAUCCAGCGCAUCUGCCCUGGAGUGGCACCCUGCUAACAGGGGGUUAGGAGCAAACCGCCUAUUGCAGUGGAUAGCGUGGGCUAAGCACCCACUGCUGAAGCACUUUGGAUAUUACUUAAGCCUGCCUUAUCAAGGAAAGGACUUUUCCAGACCCCAUUAACAUCAUAGGCUUUAAAUGGGUGGUGGAACUGGUCUCAAAUGCCAUUAUAAUGUAUCGAGCAUCCUGUAUGCAUCACCAUUUCCUCAAUCUCUCUUUCCCCUCUUGCUGUGAGGUAGAUACAGUGUGAAAACACAAAUAAGUCUGUUGUGAAACUAUGUUUUGUUUUUACAUACCGGUUUUUUGGGAAGUGAAUCACUUGCCAGAAUGACAAUGUGUUUAGUUUAAGACCUUUACCUUCUGUUUUCCUCUGUUUCAACUUUUGUGUCCAUCUGUAGAAAGUCAGUCCAGAAGGAAGACGCAUAAUGACUGU